UAACACCCCGUGCAACAGUUGCAAUUGUUAUCUAACAAUCUAGUGAAGAGUGCUCAUAUUUGGCUAAUAGUUUCAACCUGUUGAAAGAUUUCGAAGCAGUCAAGUGCCUACCGUAACAUGUUGAGAUUCCUAUCGGCCCUCGCCAUCUUGGCAGCUACCGCCAAGUCUGCCCCAGUGCAACCGGCCCACUAUGCUUUUGUAGCCCAUCAUCCGCACUACGAGUACGUCCAGCAUGCUGUCCCCGAGGUACACUACCCAAUCCAUCUAGUCGAGACUGACGGUCACCAGUAUGAAGAACUGCCCCAGAAAUACAUCGUACAAGCUCAUGAUCUACAUAGCCAUGUUGACCACAGCGCAGAGAGUUAUGUUGAUAGCAACGUCUAUUCCAGCGGCUACAGCUCUCUGUACGGCGGGGACAACCAUGGUCAGCUGUAUACAUCCGGCAACCAUGGAGCGUACGCAAAAAGCUACAACGAUUACUACGCCUACCCCAAGUACAAUUUCGAGUAUGGCGUUGAUGACCCACACACCGGAGACCACAAAAAGCAAUGGGAGGUUCGCGAUGGGGAUGUAGUCAAAGGAGGAUACAUGCUGAAGGAAGCCGACGGAACGACUCGUGUUGUCGAAUACACCGCUGAUGACCACAACGGAUUUAACGCAGUUGUCAAGAAAAUCGGUCAUGCCUAUCACCCGGAACCCCACGUCCACCAGCCGCAGAGCGUUUACGGCCAGCUAGGCAACUACGCUGGUGCCUAUGCGACCGGUGAGUACUACGGUAAAGGUGCGACUAGCUAUGCCAAGGUUUGGAAACAACACUAAGCCAGCAGGAUCUCCAGCAUGGAAUAGCAGUUCUGCCAAAGAUGCAAGCAGCAGCCCGACUAGAUGCGAUAUUUAUUUUAUUUACUAGCCCGAACGAAUCUGGUGGAAAGUUUCAGUCAAAUAUGCUCUUCAUCAUGAUUUGUGUGUUUCACGUUCAUUGUAUUAGAAGGAGUUAGAAAUCUGUUUCAAUAGCAAAAUAAUAGUAGCUUCAACCGAAUCCUAGCAGGAAUCGAUGAUGGACUUGUUAUGUUGAAAUGUUUUGAACUUCAAUAACAGAAUAAAUAAAUUGAU